UGAUUAUAUGUCACUGGUACAGUUUCUGUCGACCACGUUGAAACCUAAUUUUUCGAUUCCGCCUCUUUUUUUCCUUUCUGUUUUUGAUAUUCUGUUUCCUCCUUCGAAACCCUAAUUUUCUCUCUGGUGUUGUCAGCUUCUAUUUUCUUGAUCUUUACCUCCAUUUUCUCUUGCUACUACUGUUGUCUUUCUCUCUUCCAAAAGUUGUUUGGAUCUGGUAAGAAUGGAAUUUGAUGGUGCUCGCAAGAGAGGGAGAUAUGAGGCUGCAUUGAAUGGGAAUGGCGGCCCCAAGAAGUACAAACAAGAAAUGGACUCAUUUCCAACUGGUAUAGGAAGCAAAUCGAAGCCAUGCACAAAGUUUUACAGCACUUCUGGAUGCCCAUUUGGUGAGGGAUGCCAUUUCUUGCAUUAUGUUCCUGGUGGAUUCAAAGCUGUGUCUCAGAUUCUUAAUCUUGGUAGUGUGAGUAGUCCAGCUCUUCAACCUGCUGGCAGAAAUUCAAUUGCUCCAUCCUCCUUUCCAGAUGGAUCAUCACCUCCAGCUGUGAAGACACGUUUGUGCAAGAAAUACAACACAGCAGGGGGUUGCAAGUUUGGUGACAAAUGUCACUUUGCCCAUGGUGAAUGGGAGCUCGGCAAGCCAACUGGUCCAGCCUAUGAAGAUCCUCGUGCCAUGGGGCCAAUGCCUGGCAGAAUGGGUGGUCGAAUGGAGCCUCCUCCACAAACUCAUGCGGCUGCCGCUAGCUUUGGGGUUUCAUCCACUGCUAAGAUAAGUGUUGAUGCUUCGCUUUGUGGAGCCAUCAUUGGGAAAAAUGGCGUGAACUCCAAGCAUAUUUGUCGUGUAACAGGAGCCAAGCUUGCCAUUAGAGACCACGAAACAGACACUAACUCUAAGAACAUUGAACUGGAGGGUACAUUUGAGCAAAUCAAGCAAGCUACUGCUAUGGUCCGUGAUCUUAUAUACAAUAUAGGUUCAGUUUCUGGACCUCAUAUGAAGAAUCCAGCUAUAACUGGCGCUGCCAACAACUUUAAGACUAAAAUCUGUGAAAACUUUACAAAGGGGACCUGCACCUUUGGGGAUAGGUGCCACUUUGCACAUGGGGCUGAGGAAUUGCGCAGGCAACGGAUGUGAUCUUGUAUUUACUGCUUGUUCCCGUAUUUACUUUAACAGUGAUAGUAGGACUUAUUAAUAUCGUUUUUUGGGCUUGUCAACUCAGUUUUGCAUGUCAGAAUCAAAGGUAGAUUUUAGUUUUUGAAAUUUUAUCCAUGUUCAAAGAGCUUGAUGAUUUGGCCUGUAUGAUGACCACAUGGAAUGUGGUUAGAAGUCUUAAAACUAAAAUUUGGAUAACGUUUGCGGUUUGGCACACCUUGUUA